AGGGAGUUGCAUGGCAGGGUUCACGCUGCUUCCGCGUUCAGCAGGCUCUUGUUAAUCAUGUUGGUGCCUUGCGGUGCAGUUUGUUCUUUCCGGUGGAAUCAGCAGCGAAGCAGGGUCCCAUCAAAAAGAAGAAAUACAGGUUCCCACUACUGCCUUACACAGAAUAGGAGUUUCCAGCUUGUACAAAUCUGCUCCAAGACUGAAGGAAGUGAGAUAUAUAAAGCUGGAAAUGUCUGUGUAUUUUAUCAGAGGGUACCUUUCAGAAUUUAAAAGGAUUAUCCACCUGUUACUUGGCAGCUGUAGACACCUUUAAAUAUCUGGAAUAUGGUGGAAGCAGUACUGAUAGAUUUGUUCAGCAUCCCAGCCAACUUGCAGAACAACAUCCAAGGAUUACUACACAAUGCUCUGGAAGCUGUUGAGAAAUGCUCUUSCAUCCAUGCUCCAUGUGUUUAUGUCAUAUGUUGCCAGAGGCAGGGGAGUGAAACAAAAGGUGAACAAGAGUUCUUGCUUCCAGUUUUGAGAGGUUUUCAGGGUCUGAAGGGAAGACUGGAUAUGGUAURUGCUCAGACUACAGCUGCUGCUUUGUACACCAUCAAACAGAGACUGGAUGAAAAAGACCUGAGCAUCAUUAAAGUUAUUGUCCCUACCUUAAGAAAAGACUUAAUGAAAGUGUAUAUAGACCAUCUCUUUACAGCAGUCUACCAGUUUGAUUUUGAGGAUUUGCAGGUGGUAUCUGACUGUAAAAACUUGCAGAUAUCUGAACCUCAGCAUGAAGGGCAAACACUUACUUGGCAGGACGUGGCACUCAUCCGAAGAGAGAUUCAGAUGUACUUGGAAAGCCUGCCAAGCCUGAAAGGAGAGCUCACCAUCCUCAGAUCUUCYCUCAUCCCAGAUGAUAUUUUCUUACAUGGGUUCACCACAAGAACAGGUGGGAUCUCCUACAUACCAACUCUAAGCUCCUGCAAUCUCUUCAGCAGCUCCAAGCGGAGGGACCCACAAGUUGUUGUUAAAGAAAAUCUCCGCAGGCUAGCUAAUGCUGCAGGAUUUAACCCAGAGGCUUUUCACAGAGUCAAGGUUGAUCACGCUAAUGCUGUGUGUAUUAUGGGAAAGACAGAGCCUGACAACUAUGAUGGAAUAGUUACRAAUCAGAAGGGUGUCACGCUGGCAGCUCCAGGUGCUGACUGCAUACCCGUGCUGUUUGCUGAUCCUGUCAGAAAAGCCUGYGGUGCUGCUCAUUCUGGAUGGAAAGGCACAUUGUUAGGAGUGUCUAUGGCCACRGUAAAUGCUAUGGUAUCUGAAUAUGGUUGUAACAUGAAAGAUAUUCUUGUGGUGCUGGGCCCGUCUGUGGGACCUUGCUGCUAUAAACUUCCUCAUGAAUCAGCAAAAGAAUUUAACAAAAUUGAUCCAAAGUGUGUGCGACUAUUUGACUCUGCAAGUCCAUAUAUUGAUAUCAGAAGAGCAACAAGGAUUCUUCUUGAGAGAGGUGGGAUUCCUCCUGAGAACAUCCAAGAUGAUUCUGUCACAGACCAGAGCCAAAAUAUCACUUUCUGUACUGCCUGCCACCCUGAUAAAUUUUAUUCUCACUUUCGUGAUGGCACUAACUUUGGGACACAGAUUGGCUUCAUAUCAAUCAAAGAUUGAGACAGAUCUCCAGUUCCUCCAGAACAUCAUCUAGAUAAUAAGUAUGCUACAUUGUCUGGCAUCCUGAUCUCCUCAUUGCAGUAGAGAACUUCACAGACUUGCAGUAGGGAGUUCAUGGGUCCUGAGAUUCUCCURCUUCUUCCUUUCCUUGCUGUUGUGAGGCAAGAGUGAGCACCUUGUGGUGUGAGGACAACAGUUCUUGUGUGAGACAAGCUGCAAAGGAAACAAGGACAGCCCUUACCAGUGGCAAAAUCCUUCUACAAGACCCAGAUAAAAGCUCCAAGUUUAUGGAUGUUCCUUGACCAAAUCUUUUCCAGAAGCCUCACUAUCUCAAAGUGGUUGAAGCAGAAAAAACUCCAGUCUUCAUUAGCUUCUGGUUGAGACUACUGAAUGACAUGAAGYAUGAGAUUGCUAAUACAGGAAGAGAAACCACUAUUACACAUUACCUGUUUGAGAAACCUGACUUUUAUAGUUUUAGCUGAAACCUUAAGAAAUUUUGUGCAUAGGAUUGAUUUUCUUAUUUGGAUUAGUUUUAAGAGCUCCCAAGAUAUUUACAGGACUUUUCCUAUGGAAAAUAACUUGAAAGUGAGAAGUAAGCAGGCUCCUUUGGGGUAGCCAUUGAAAAUACAUGAAAGAAUCUCUCAAGAUUCUGUAAUUUUUGGUUGUGGGGAAAGUAGGACUAAAACUCUGAAUUUAUGAUKUGUAUGUUCAUGUUUCCUUUGGAUUUUUCUCUUUAAAAAGUUGGUGCUUUGAUAAUGUCCAUUGACCCAGUCUCAACAAUGCCAAGUUAUUAAAUAAAUKUCAAAAAUUUGAGUGAAUUUAGCCUCAGUUAAUUUUACUGACCAGUAGCCGGACUUCCAUGUCUUACUAAGCAAAUUGUACACGUGCACUGUUUUCUUUUGGACAUGAAAAAAUUGCCUCUAGAUUUUACAAUAGACAUGAUGUUUUCUGACACACAGACAGGGAGCGAUUGCUAACAGUGAACUGUGCUAACARAAAGCUGUGCUGACUGCGACUUGCAGAGGAGCCAAGCACAAGCCUUGGGCCAGUGGUGUGUAUGACGUACUUUCUAUUUUGGAUUUGGCGACAUUUCUUCGGUCUGACUGUUCUGCCCACUAGAGGUCAGUGCUCGCUCGCUCUGCACUUCCAUCCUGGCGGCACAGAUGGAUGGAUUAGGGGGUCCUAUCCAUGCGGUUUGCAAGGCACUGUACAGCACACGCUGCUACUUUUGCCUCUACAGUAAUCUGCCAAGUUAUUCUAAUAUCUGUGCUUGAAGAGUAAUCUGUUUUCUUUUUGAUUCGGAGCUGAUGGAAUUAGAGCUUUCCUUGUAUUCUUGAAGAACACAUUUUUUUUUUAAACUUCGUUUUACCCGUGAAUGAUAUUUCUCAGAAAAGAGCCUGGCUCUGAGUACGUUUUCUCUGACUGUAACCAUCAACCAAAAAAAGAAAAUGUUUCUGCCAACUAUCCUAUCCCUUCUUCAGAAAUAUUACUCCUCUUCUGCUGUAGCACUGCAGUCUUUGACAAUUUUCAGUUACCUUUUUAAAACCCCUCCAUUGCUUUCACCAUUCUGUUUCCCUUGUAACUUCACUGUGGUGAUGUCCAUAGCUGGAGUCAAUCUGGAAGCUCAGAAUCCAACAGGGGAAACACUCACACUACUCAGUUUAGUGCUGCCCGAGCACAUUGCUGCACACCAGCUAAUGGUGUGUAUGGUGUGUACUACAUGUUUUAUUGACUUGUUCUAAAUAAAGGAUAAUAUAAUUAUAUGGACAUUGACAGGCCUGUCUUGCUGCUCUAGUUGAAAAAAAACAACAGCCUACCUUCACCUAUUAGUUCUGUCUCUUUGCUCUGAUAGCUGUACCACUUUAUGGAUACUGAUUGACGCAGCAGUAGGGGCAGCACCACUACAUAGCUUUCAGUCCCUGCACCUGAAGCUCAGCCAAAGAUUGUCUCUUGGUGCCCUUCACUUAACCCUCUUCCCUUGUGGAUUAAGGGUAUGCCAUCAAAAACAGCUGAGCUACUUGGCUUUGCAAGGUAUUUGACAUCUGAAGCAUCACAGGGGCCYGUGUGCCUGCUGUUAUUUCUUCUCUCACCUCAAAGAUGGUUUUAAACUAAUGCAUUUAUCCUUGCAGUAAGUAGAAAGACCUUGUAACCAUGCUGAUAUUACCAUAAUGAUAGUAAGCCCUUGCUUGUUCAUACCUGCUCAAGAAUUACACUAGAGACUUUAUGUUUAGAAAAAUGCCAUUUACAGGUCAUGGUAGGACUGUGCAAGCUGGAGAGAAUAUCAGAAUGAACAGAAACACCAAAGACUUCACUUUUUAGAUGACAAAUCAUUACCACAAUUGUUCCUUUUUUUCUUUUACAUUUAUUGCCUAGACUGUAAACCUUUCAAGACAGGAAAGAGUCUUUUGCACUUGAGUGACUGAGGUGGAAGACUCCGUGACCAAUUAGAAAAUAUUGUAAUGUUCAGUCCCAAUAGAGGCUAGGCUCCAAAUUAUAGGGGUUUUUUUCAA